UGACGAGGCACCCGAAGCGUCCUGUUAUGCAACUGCUGACCUACUAACAUACAUUUCUAAACAGAAGCAGCUAGGGGCAGGAUACCGGAGCGCCUCGCCAACACAACACAAGGAGCCAGAGCAAAGACACACGGGCUGCGGAAUCCAUGCGCACUGGACACGGCGUGGAAGGAGUGUGUGUGUGUGUGGAUCGCUUCAGUUAUUAUUCAAGCCACAUAGGCUGAUACAAAGAGACUGCAAAUAGUCGUCGGGAGACUGAAGAUAUUUUAGAUAAAAGCCACAAACGCCUUUCAUCGAACAGCCAGCUGGAGGCUUUUGGGAGCAGCAGCACCCCUCCCCAAGUGGCUGACAAGCUGGGGCAGACCGAGUGACCUAUAUCCUCCAACACGCUCAAGGCACUGGGACUCAUCUCUGUCGGCUUGAUAGAGCUGUUACAUAAAGUAAUAAAAGUGAAAACAAAGAAAAGGGGUCAGAAUCCUUUAUACAAAUUUGGUCACAUUUUCUGUACUUCAGGACUUUAUUGCCCCUCUUUCGUUCCCCGGUUUGGUUUGACAGACAUUGUGCGCAAGACAGCCAGAAGAGUUUACUCCUUGAGGAAUUAUUCUGGUUUGUUCAAAGCAGGAGACUUAUAAAGAGGUGCAACUGUUCUUGCUCUUCUUAACCAACCUGGACACUUGAUCACUUGAUAUUUCCUUGAGCUUCACAUCAACAAAAUCAAUGAGGUUCAGUUUUCCAGAAGAUAAAAUAUCUCAUAAAGUCUUUGCUGAUCCAGCUACUUAAUUUUAGAUUCUCCAGUCCACAGUUUUUGGGAUAUUAUACAGGAAUUCCCAUAGCCACCUUUACCCCAUCCUUGUUUCUUCAUUUAUUUCCAUUACCAGUGGUGAAGCCAAGGUCCCAAACUGGCUCCCAUUGAGGAACAAUGGAAAGCGUGAGCUUACAAAUCUCCACAAAUUCCAGUGCAAGCAAAACCUUAAAGAACACAGAAAGCAUUCAGGACUACGGUGAUCUUGUCCAUUCACCUCAAAGCAACAUUCGCCAGAGCCGCCUUGUCAAAUCAAAGCCAAACAUGAGUUGUCGACGCAAGCGUGAGUUCAUCUCAGAUGAGAAAAAGGAUGCAUGCUAUUGGGAAAAGCGACGGAAGAACAACGAGGCAGCCAAGCGUUCCCGGGAGAAACGACGCUUUAAUGACAUGAUCCUAGAGAACAGAGUUAUGGCACUGAAUGAUGAGAAUGUGCGCCUGAAAACUGAGCUUUUACAGCUUAAACUCAGAUUUGGUCUGAUAAGUACAGCCUCCUACAUGGAAAAGAGUCAGCAGAUCAGUGGAGCAGUCAAUGGAACUUCUGGGGAAAACUCUUCAUCUUCCUCUAGCAACAGUCUCUUCUACCCUAAUGGUUACUCUCAGAUGAUGAUAAACUCUGAUUCUUCUGAAACGGAGCAGUCUGUUCGAGGGGAAGGGCAUGUGAAUUUGGCAAAGUACUCCCCACGGGGUUCCCUCUCUGAUAUGUCGGAUGGCUCCUCUCGGGACAGCCCUGAUCCAUUUGUGUAUGACAUCAAGCAGGAAGGGAUGGGUCUGGAUAUGGACAUUGUCAAUAGCACUGCCACACAAUUCAUGUUAAACAUUCAUUCUAGGUUGCCUGCAGUACUUCACCAGCACACUUUCGAGCCAGAUUAUACAGGAAAUCAACAGAAGCAAAGACGCCGCGAGACCACUGCAAGUCCAGUCAUCCCACAAUCCGCUCAAAGAAGUGUGAUCCUAUUCCGUUCAAGCAGUGCCUCGUAUCCUGUGGAAACUCAGGAAAUGAUUCCUAAAGAACAGCAGAACCUCAAUCAACCUACAGAGGGACCAACUGGAAGUCCCAAAAGCUUGGCAGAGGUGUCUAAACGACUAGAGAGAAAUACUUUGGACUCUCCUCCUUAUGACUGCCCAGAUGGGGAAGCAGCCGAAAGGCAAGCGUACCUUGCUCAGCGACAGACCCCCAGGGUUGAUUCUGCUGCCCCGGAUCUUUUAAUGAGACCUGAGGAAGAAGAUGAAACACAGAUGUACCACUGUUGUAAUGGCACCCUGGAGAAUGACGAUCCACCAGUGCUGACCUACGAAGGAAGCUUGAGACACGAAGAGUACUACGAGGCUAAUUCAGGAAAGGACACUUCCUCAAGUGACGGGGAUCCCCGCAGCUCUGAUAAAGAGGGCUCCACCGAUGAUGAGUCUCCCUCUUCAUCUUGCUCCGAUACAGGCAGCUACCACCCUCACAUAUUCGUGACCCACAGCUCUUUCUCACCAAGCCAAUGCAAAGAUGGACAAGCAGAAAUCAAAGGCACUGCCCUACCCCACAAACUGAGACUCAAGCACAGAGCUCAAAGUGGCAGAGCAUCAACUCAAGAUUCGACAACAAUGCCACCCGCUAACUUCCAGCCAUUACCUCAGCAUCCUUACCUGGCCUUGUCUCAACCUGGUGGCCUGGUGGCUGGAAGCAUUGAAUGUGGGAAGAAGGAAUCCAGUAUGCGCAACAGUUGCAACAAGAGACAUGACUAAAUGUAAAACUAUGGGACUCACUUGGGUCUUGAUAUAAAGCCCAGAGAGACUUUUUAUAAACCCAUCUUGAGGUCCUACCUGAUCUUGUACCCCAUUCCCUGUUCAAAUGCCAAGGGAUAAGGGAAGAGGAUAUCAUCAGGACUGCUGCAUUGUACCAUAAUGUAUAUACUUUUCUUGAGUUGGUUUUGUUUCUUUGUGUAACCUCCUCUUAAGGUUACAGCAGCACUUUUAUAACAGAAUGAAAUGGAUGACGUGCUGUUGAUCACAUUUACCCAUAGUUCCCAUGCUGCAACAAGAUGUCAAAAUGUACAUUCAAUUCGAAAGCAAUAUCUACCAUAUGCGAUGCAUGGUAGUGGAUUCAUAUUUGUAAACAGGCAACUUCAAGUGCACCUUUUUUAGUUUUUGGCCACACUUGGCGUCACAUUUAAACAUACCAAAUACCAGAAGAUUCAGGGAAUAUUUCCCUUGACCAAAGAAACAUGGCUUAAGUUCAUACCUCUCUCUGCUCCCUACCUCUAUCUGUUUUUCUAACUAGUGCUCCCCAUCACUUUUCCCACAUUAAACAGCCUAGCUACCACUCCUUGAUCAGGCACUUGGUUUGUAUGUAUAAAAUGUGAUAUAAAUAUUAUAUAAGAAUAUAUUUUAAGAAGAAAGUUUACAUAAAAAAUAGGGAGUUAUGUGAAUAAUGAUUUGGUCCUUGUCAAAAAAUAAUGUACAGUAUCAUUGUGUUUGUUACUCACUUUUUUUAAACUUUAAUUUGCAAUUCAAUAUUUUUUUUUAAAACUGUCCUUUUAUAGGAAAAUUUCUAAAUGCCCCAAAGCCUUUACAGAUACAUUAGCGGGUUGAUGUAAGCUUCAUGUCAUAGAUAUUAAAAUGUGUUUUCAUUGCAGUUAUAGUUCAUUGCCUGGUCUUGAAACACUACUUGGCGUUUAGCGUAAAAUGUAUUUUCCAGAUAAAGUUUAAAAUGUUAAACCUACCCUUAAAGUGCAUAUCUUGCUUCCCUUUUAUGUAGCUUUCAUGUUUAUAGUUUUCAUUAUACACCAACUGAUGUAAAAACAUUGAUUUUCUUAAUAGCCUGUUACAGAAAGAACAGGAAAAAUUAAUUUAAUUUUUAUUUUAUUUUAUUUUUUACUUUUCAAAGCAUGCUUGUAAAUGUUUCAGGUGUAGCUUAAUGUAGUCACAACCUCCCUUUUGUAUUUUUUUUUAAAUAAGUCUACAUGUCACGUUAACUUAUGGCACUUGUGUAUAAAUGUAAAAUAUUUUUAUUCUCAACACUGUAUUGUAAACUGUUUUGGGGUCCAAGUGUUGUCCUGUUUAUCACUAGCUGCAUCUUUAAUUCCAGUUUACUGUGAUUUCGUAUUUGGUCACCACAAUGUCACCGAUCUCCUUUCGUCCUUUCAGUGUGUUUUAAACUGAGUGAUGUUUGAUGUUUUUAUUUUCUUUUGGUUUUAUCAAAACAAAAGUGAAAAAAAUGGUGUUAUUGAGUAGACCGUGGCACUGUUGUUCUGUUGCUCUGUUUUGAAAUAACUGCAUAUUGUAAAGAAAAAAAAAACACUAAUAUUCAGUGCUAGGGUUGGGUGCAUUUCAAAAAUUCAACAAAAAAAUAAAAAAGAUUGUUGCAUUAUU